GCGCCAGCUAUGUACACUAGUUCUAGUCUAGGUAAAAGCAGCCCAAGACUCCACUACUAGAAUUUCAAAGUGGAGUCAUAGAGAUUUUCGGAAUAAAAAAAUGCUGACGAUUAAUUCAUCAAAUACUUCUGAUCAUGAAGGCCCAGACGAUCAACAGAUACCUUGGACCUUGUGGCUACGAGGAGUCAUUGGUGUAAUUACGGUACUCGGAAACCUUUUGGUAAUCCUGCUUAUCCUAACCCGUCCUUCUCUUCGUACAACACCGAAUUGGUUCGUACUCUCCCUGGCCGUCGCUGACUUUCUUGUCGGGCUCGUAAUUAUUUCAAUAGCGCUGGUUUUCAUCUUUUUAUAUCCCUUCAAGGGCUAUGGAGUGUACUUUGUGCUUGCCAUCCAUGACUUUGUUCUUUAUGCAUCAACAAGCAACCUUUGUGCGUUGACUUUAAAUCGUUACAUACGUAUAGUCCAUCCUCUGAAGCAGAAUCUCUUGCGAAAGAAGUCCAACGUAGUCAUGCUUUUGGCAUUUUCUUGGACUGUAGCUUUUCUUCUUCCCUUUAUUCUUCUCGUACUGAGAAUUUUUAUCCAGGACUCUAAAGUAAUACGAAGCUACAGCACAUUUCUCCUUUGUUUGGACACCUUUCCUUGCGUCUUUUUGCCAGUAGCCUACUGUCGGGUCUUAUGUGUCGUCCAACAUCAGCGAGCACAAAUAACAAGACAGAUGAGUCAGCUACGACAUAACUACCCCGUGAACAGCAACGAAAGAGAAAUGUGUGAGAAUAAUAAGAGAUCUGCCAAUGUCCUUGGAGGAGUGAUUGCUUUCUUUGUUAUCACCAAUGUGCUUUAUACAGUCGGUGCAUGGCUACAUUUUCUAGGCAUUCCAACUCAAAACUCUACAUUAAGCAGGAUUUCCCUUCUAUUACUCAACACUAACUCCGUUAAUAAUAUUUUUGUUUACGGUUUAUUCAAGAAGGAUUUCCGUGAAGAAAUGGCCAAAGUUUUCUGUCGUAAGCUUGGCAAUAGAGUUGGCUCCACCCGCAGCUUCGGAUCGCCCACCAAGAGGAUCAUGGAAAUGUAAAACACUAAACCUCUUUUUCAGUCCUCUUGUUGUUCUUCUUAUGAUCAGGACUUUGUCGUCGUCCUCCUCCCCAUCCCCCUCCUCCUUCUUCUUCUAUUUUCUUUUUUUCUCUUCUUUAUUAAUUGGUUCAUAGUCUCUCUCUCUC